AAUAGGUGUGACCACGCCCAUCUUCUUCGAACUGCUGAACCAUCAUGCAGUUCACCUACUUCCGUUCCCACAAUGCAGUGCUUUGAAUCAUGGACCAGAAUGACAAUGACUUACAAGGUACAGAUGGAUCUGUAUCAUUGGGCGGACCCGAUGUGCGCAGAAGGAUUCCCCUGAAACUUAUUUCAAAGCAGACCAACAGAAGCAAGCCGCCUCCUCGCCCCCAAAGAAACAUGAAUCGAAUAGCUUCUAAACAGCAAAAUGCAGAUAAUGAAAGUUUUGGAUACAGUGAAGAGGAGCUCUAUGAUUGCAAGGUUCCAGAUGUGUUUGGAAGUCAACGAAGAUUUUUACAAAUAUUUUGGGAUGUUAAGUUGAAUUUAAUUGGAGAAAAGGAUGACACGCCAGUUCAUUUCUGUGAUAAAUGUGGUCUACCUAUCAAGAUAUAUGGACGAAUGAUUCCUUGCAAGCAUGUUUUCUGCUAUGAAUGUGCAGUAAUACAUGAGAAGAAGUGUGACAAAAUGUGCCCUGGUUGCAAUGAUCCUGUCCAGCGCAUUGAACAGUGUCUUCGUGGAUCUCUAUUUAUGUGCAGCAUUGUGCAGGGCUGCAAGCGGACAUACUUAUCUCAGAGGGAUUUGCAGGCACACAUCAACCAUCGUCACAUGAGAGGUGGAAAGCCAGUUAGUGGACGCCCUCAAGGUGAUCCCAUUCACAUGCCAGCCAUAACUGGACCACCACCUCCUUCAGAAAUGACUGAGCGUUUCCUGAUGCCUCCGGAUAAGCACCACCUCCCUCAUAUUGGUGGUCCUAAACCACAUGUUCUUAUUCCUCCACCUCCAUUGCAACAUGUGGGUCAUGAGCACUACAGCCAGCCUCAUGAAGACCACCGGGCAACGCAGCCUCCACCCCAGUCUGCUGAUAUGAGUUCUUUGGGUCCCCCUCGCUCUGUGGGACAAGAAACUUUUCGUAUCUCCACAGUUACAACUCGUAAGCACAGCAAUCUCAUUACAGUCCCAAUCCAGGAUGACUCUGCAGGAUCUAAUACCAGUGGUGGACGUGAACCGCCACCCCCAGGCCCUGGCCCUGGCCCAGCCCCUCAUCAUCAUCCCAGCGAAUACCAGAAUCAGCCAGUGGUGUCACAUCCUCAUCAUAUGAUGCCCCCGCAGCAGCAUUAUGGCCCACCCCCUCCCCCCCCUCCUCCAAUAAGCCACCCAAUGCAGCACCCUCCACAGGCUUCGGGGACUCCUCACAUGGUUUAUAACCAAGCUCCACCACCUCCCAUGACCUCUGCACCUCCACCCAUAACACCACCACCUGGACACUUAAUUGCCCAAUUGCCUCCAUACAUGAGCCAUCCUCCACCUGGUCCUCCGCCUCCUCAGCAUGGUGGCCCACCUGUCAGUGCACCUCCUCCCCAUCAUUAUAACCCUGGCUCACUUCAGCAGUUCUCUGAAGAACAAGGAACUCUUAGCCCACCUUUCAACCAGCCCGGUGGACUUAGUCCUGGUAUUUGGCCAGCUCCAAGGGGACCACCACCACCAAGAAUGCAAGGUCCACCACCUCAGGGCCAGAUGCCGGGACCUCAUCAUCCAGAUCAGUCUAGAUAUCGACCAUACUACCAGUAAUGUCCUAAUGGAGAGCAUUUGGAAAAUGUUAGACUUUUUGUUUGUGCAUUUCACUUGCAUAGGUUGAAUGCAGUGUCAUUAAAGGACCUGUUUUAAUUACCUUUUUUUAGCCAGUGGUUUGGGUGCUUACCAGAACUUUUAAAACCAUAAUCUGGAAACCAAAAUACUUUUAAUAAUUAAAAUAAAGUAUGUUUGAUUACUGAAAUGUAUAAUCCUUAUUUGAAAAUGACAUUAAAACGAACUUGUCCUUCUACUUGGGAUUGAAUUGUGUAAAUAACCUGGAUCAAACAUACUUGGACAUUCUGCAUUUGGUUUUCUUAGAAUUCAUGCUGAGGAUUUGGUUAAAUUUGAUUGUUUUGUUUUCUUACGCUGUAACAACUAAAAUAAAUAAAUAUACAUUUUAAA